AUGGUCUGCACUGAUUUUUCGCAUAUUUAUGGAGCCACGGUCUUUUUCUUUUACAACUCCACCAGGACCUUCUAUAUAACAUUGAAAUUUGAGGGAAGAUCUAUCACCCUACUAUUCGCCAGAAGGGAUCUGUACAUAAAAGGCUGGAGGGAUGAGUCGCAUGGAUCCUUUGAAAUAAGAAUGGAGCAUUGUGCAGCAUACAUGCUUGGAAAGGUGAAAGUGAUGAAUAUCGAGAAGAAUUAUUCAUUCUUGUCCACGAGUGGCAAAGUAGGUGGAACAAGGAUAGGUCUUGAUGCACUUCGUGAGGCAUUUAAUAUUCUGUUUAAGUAUAAAGGUGAGAGGUCCCCAGAGGCCAGACGAGCAAUUAAUGUGUUUGCCAUCAACUUUCCGGAGGCUAUUAGAAUUCAAAAGGUAUAUAAGACUGUGGACUCUGAUCAACAAGUAUUUGAUCUCAUUCCCAUAGCACCUGAUGAACCGACACCGGAUCCCGAAGAUACGAACACGCUAUGGAUUGAGAACUAUGGUCACUAUAGUCGUCAGGCAAUGUUGGAUGAAAAUACCCGUGACUCUGGAACAGAUCCACAAGGAAUUGACAAUCGAGAUGGUGCCAAUGUAGAAUCAGCUACUGAGAUAUUUAGAGAGAUCCGGGUAGGCUUAUGUGAUGCUUGUCCACAAGCUGAAAAUGAGACAAAACCUCAGAAAAUUGAAGAUCCUGACGACAAAAUAAAUGAAUCUUUUAUUCCUAAGCCCAUGCCUAGAACCAGAAAGAAAAGAAGAAAAGGAAAAGUUCCCGACUUAGAGGGAGGAGAUGGAGAAUCAGUAAGUGCUGAAUCAGUUGCUCUGUUCCUCUUGGAAGACUGGCUUUCAGAAGAAGAUGAGAUUGACAAUGAUGAGAAUAGAAAGCAAAAAGGUUCAGACUUAGGAAGGAGAUGGAGAAUCAGAAGACGAUGA